CCCCAUUCCUCAAAGAAAUUACCCACCUCGUCGACGAGAGAGACUGCCGACGACCCGACCCUCGAGCUGCGACCCUCCGAGUCGGAACGACGGCGAGCGAACCGGCGAACCCUCUAGUCUUCCGACGACGGCGAGCGAACCCUCGAGCAAGCCUUCUCCUUCCUUCCGUCGGAACAGAAGCAAGCCCUCCUAGACAGCCGUCUCCCUCCGCUUGAGCAGAUACCGAGUCAGCUAGACAAUCUUUUCCGUGGACAACCUUCUCGUUCCAAUCCAAAUAUCACUCUUGAGCCGUCUCCCUCCGCUGGACAGCCUUCUCGUUCCAAUCGCUGCUCAUUUUAUCUGUCAUCGACUCCAACAAUCCAAGAGGUACAUCUUCAAACCCUAAGAAUACAUGAUAGGGUCUGAUUGAAUUGAAUUGAUGUUCUAAUGCUUUUGCCGACUGAUAUAUGGGUCAAUGAUGACUGAUUUUCUGUAGAGAUUGUAUUUGCUUCGUAGUAUUGAUGGUUCUGCUUGUGUUAUUGUUUCCUGAUUGUAGAUUUACUGAAUUGGUGAAGAUUCCCUGGCAGUCAAAAUUCUUCUUUUGCCAAAUCCUGUGAAGUUAAAAAUUCUAUCUGCCAAGCUACACUCAGCACGUCUUGGGAUUCUAAAUGGAACUCCGAGUUUCAUCACUAAAGCGACUUGGACUUUCGACUUCUGAUUGUGCUAGUGACCCAGAGGAAAAGGAAGUAAGUGAUGAAGACGAUGAUGACCGCAACCAUAAGCAUCGUAGGAAGGAGUCACAAUCUCAGUCUAUGCAGAGAGAUUUGUUAGAAACGGUUUCCAAUAGGCCAUUCAGGAAGAGAAACAGACUAUUUGACAACGGCCAUCCUUUCAGGGAAAAUGAAUCUCAAGACUACACCACAAAGUUCGAAAAAAGACGCCCUGGCCCAGGCUCUUUUCCCCAAAGGGUCAGGCCAAAUCAAUUAUUUUCUGGGGAUCCUGGUUCCAUUCGGGGAAGAGGAAGGGACCCUCUUCCUUGGGGUCAGCAUGAUCCUAGAUUCAAUCAAGCCGAUCUUGCCUCUGGUCUCUUUGCAGGGAGGGGUUUGCCUAAUAUAUCAAAUCCACAAAGUGGAUCUUGGAACGGGUUUGGAUUGAUUCCAGGAAUUCCUAAUGGUGGCUUGGACACACUUCAUACCAUAGGAUUGCAAGGAACAUUGGCACCAGCAGUAAACUCUUCAUUGAAUAUGCGCAUUACGAGACAGCGUUGUAGAGAUUUUGAGGAGCGUGGCUUUUGUCUCAGAGGGGACAUGUGUCCUAUGGAGCAUGGUGUUAACCGUAUUGUUGUUGAAGAUGUCCAGAGCCUUUCUCAGUUUAACCUCCCCGUUUCACUCCCAAGUGCUCAACUGGUGGGACCUCCUUCUGUUCCGGGGGGCUUACAAGGGAUUGGUAACCCUUCAACCAUGUCUGCUAACAGCAAAGCUCUAACUGGAAAUAGUACCAAAUCUGGGCUGUAUGAUGACAAUCCUGGACUGAAUGGUGGAUAUUCUGGCUCGGUUUCUGCAAGCGGAGCUGACUUUUAUGAUCCAGAUCAACCCUUGUGGAAUAACAGUGGUCCUGAAACAUCCAACUCACUCUUACACCUACAUUCACCCAAAAAUAAUGGAACUGAUUCUCUGAUGAAUGUUGAUCCCUCUGAUCAGGAUCAUGCCGGUCUAGUCACAGGCUCAUCAGUUUGGGGCAGAAUCAGUGGUAUUAGAAACCGACGAGAAGGGAAAGAGAAAAUGGAUUCAACUCCAAGCAAUGUCGGUCAUUUGGAGAAUGGAGCUAACAAGGAGGAACAGGAUGCUUCAGCCAAUCCUCGAGGUGCUUUUCGACGUGGGAAGCAACAUGUCGUUACGUCCGAGGAUAUUGGUGGGCCAGCCUCAGACAACAAGCCCCUAGGUGGUCAGCCUAUGCGUGUUAUGCGAAAGCCAUCUCAGAAGGCAUUGCGUACAUUAUUUGUCGCAGGUAUUCCACUCAAGAGCAACAGAAGGGAGACUCUCCUUUCUCAUUUCCACAAAUUUGGCGAGAUAAUCGAUAUUUAUAUACCUUCAAAAAGCGACCGGGCAUUUAUUCAGUUUUCAAAGAAGGAAGAGGCCGAAGCUGCUCUAAUGGCUCCGGAUGCUGUGAUGGGGAAUCGGUUUAUCAAGUUGUGGUGGGCAAAUCGUGAUAGCAUACCUGAUGGUGGUGUGAGCAGUAGCAACAGUGGUGUGUCUUUACCUCCACGUGGUACGGGAUCAAUCCCAGUCCCACCUCAUCCUUCUGUUGGUAACAAGGGAAAAGAUAUUGUUCAGUCAAGUGGAGCAAAGGUUGCCAGUGAUAUUCCCUCUGAUGCUUCCACUGAGUACCAAAAGCUCCCCAAUGCAAAUAGUCCCAUAGGUCCACCUCCUGUUCCGAAAAAGCUAGAACAAUUGAAGGAAGAGCUCCGGAAAAAGCAGGAAAUGCUAGACCAGAAGCGGAAUGACUUCCGGCGCCAAUUGGAAAAGCUUCAGAAACAAACAACAGUAACCAAGAGUGAGGUAUCGACUGAGACUCCAAAGAAAUCUAAAGUCGCAGCUGAUGCUGCAAAAACUACUACCGAAACAAUGCUGUCUGUUCCCUCUCCGUCACCCUGUCGGGAGAUGAAGAUGGCCAAUAAGAACAAAUCAACAGAAACGGCGUCACCCACUUCUAAGAUUAUUGCUGGAGGGACAGUGCCAGAGGAAUCUUCAGACUCAAAGUGGCUGCCACCAGUGCGGCCUGUAGUACCUAUUGUUGGCUCUCCUUGUCUGGCGAAUAGAUACAAGUUGGACAAUCGCCCGACUACGUUUAAGAUCAUUCCCCCCUUGCCUGCUGGUUUGGCAAAUGUUGAUGUUUUGAAGGAGCACUUCUCCACUUUUGGCAAUCUCACUUCAGUGGAACUGGAAAGUGCCGAACCAUGUCAAAGUGAUGGCGGUGAUGAUGAUGAUGAUGAUACAUCCAAGACAACAGCCACUAAACUUUGCUCCUGCGCUCAUGCAACUUUCGCAACUCGUCGCUCAGCCGAGACAGCAUUCGUAAAUGGUAAAACCUGGCAAGGCCAUGAUUUACGAUUUACCUGGAUGGCAUCAAGUUCCACUUCCACCAACAACCCUCGGAGCAAAGCAACCACACCGUUACCUCUUCCCGACGACAAGUCAAAAAAGCCUGAUCCUCAAGAAGCUCAGCACUCGGAAACAAAUGGCGGUGUAGAAAAGAGUGAGUUAAGUGAACCUCCCCAGCCACAUCCAACUGAAGACGAAUCAGUCCAAAUCAAACCUGCCCUCACGAAGAUCUCCACCGAGAAAGAGGCUAGUUCGGGCAAGGAAGAACCAGUUGAAUGCGAAGAUGGUUGCUGAUGAUGAUGUCAGUCGGGAAUUGUACAGCAAGGUAAGGUGUUAAAAGAAAAUUCCUAUUCUGAAACUAAUUUACAGGAGCCUUCUCCGGUUAGCAAUUUUCUGAAACUAGCCCCCGAUCUUGUUUUCUUUUUUGUUCUUUCUUGUAUCUCGGAUGUGUAGAAAGGGGAUUUUUCUGAUUUUUCACAGCCACCGUAAUUGGGUUACGGGGAUAUGAUACUGAGAUAGUUAAGUGGCAGACUUGAACAUGUUUCGUCUUUUGACGUUUGAGCAUAGAUUACUGGUCUCUGAACUGAUUUGAAAAAAGUUAUAAAAAAAAAAGAAAAAACUGGAAGAAGAAAAGAAAAAGUUGUACUGAGAUCAGUUUUACGGCCAGUAAAAAAAAUGAAAUAUGGGAUGUAUUUUUUUUGUCCCAUUUUUGUUUUCUACAGUCAGAAGUUUUGUAUUCGUAGAGGAAGGAAUGUUUACGUAUGUAGGUGUAAAUUUAUGGCAGGUAAAUUCAAAAUUCAGAAUGCCCAAAUUUUGUGGCUUUAUUACUGUGAAGGUGAAGAAGGGGAAUGAAUGUCCAAUGAUGUUCUAUUUACUAUGCAUGUGAGAUUGUGAGUUACCCUAUAUCCUUUAAACAUGCAAAGGAGGACGGGUUUUCAUGUCCUUUGGUCGUCUGAUCGAGAACUCAAUGUCAUUCAUGUGGAAUCGAGACAGGUGGAUUCAUAAUUCGUUAUAACCUGAUUAGCCUGAUGCGAUUAACUAAGCUAUACUCCAAAUGUGUUAUUAAUAGUUGGAUCACAUGUUUGAUGUUUCACUUUCGUCUGGUUGCACCGGCUUAGGGGUGGGCAUUGGGUGGGUCGGGUGGAUUUUGACCAUAAAAUACACCCACCCGCGCUUAAACGGAUUGAUAAUUUUUAACCCACCACCCACCCACAUUUAGUAUCGGGUUGGGUCGGGCGGAUGGUGGAUGAUGCGGGUGGGUUUGUGGGUUCAACCAUAUCACAAUGUAUAUAAUAUAAAGGAGUCAACUUGACAUGAUAAUAGGUGCAGAGAGUUAUCUGGGGGAAACAAGAAGAUGAAAUAGGGGGGAAAAUGUCGAAUUAGUUCUUAAGUUGGAUAGAUAUUCUAUCAUGAAAGAGUUUUCUACAAAUUGAGAUGAUUAUCAGGUGCAAGGAACUAAGGAAAAUAAUUCCACAAAGGAAAGAGCGGUGAUCUAGGCACAAUAAUUAGAGGAAAAAAUAAAAGGAAGAAGAGGGGAUCGCUAUUUGGAAGGGUUGGCUUUGAGGUUCAAACUCCAGGAGCAGUCCUAGUUUAUGUCUAACGUCUCCACUCUCCCCUCUCUAGCGCCAACGACUUUGAUCUUUUUGCUGUUGGGUUAAAUGGGUCACCCGCGCAUCCACCCACAACCCACCCACCACCCGGCGGAUGGCUCUCAGCGCAACCCGUCACCCAACCACAGACCCACCCACUUAAUGAAAUUCGGGUCAAAUGCAGGUGGGUCGGCCCAAACCCGCGGAUGAUCCGCCCGCAUGCCCAGCCCUACGCCGGCUGAUCCCCGCCGAUUUAUCCUUGUGCUGCCGUCGAACCAUCAAUGGCUCCUUUAUUAAAGAGCGGACAGCUGAAAGCGGCGCCGCGGUGGUGGUCCCAUGGCCCAAUAUGUGGCCCGGAUUCGGCCCAGGGCCCACCUGUUAGCCAGGCCCCAGGAGAAUAGAUUAAGUAUUAACCU